AGCCAAUUGAAGAAACACGAUAUCUAGCCCAACCGCCACGCAAGAAUGGCCGUCGAUCCUCCUUUCCAUCAAUACUAAUCCCUUCCCUCUCUCUAAUCGCUUCUUCUUCAUCUUCUCGCCUCCCACCCCCUCCUUGGAGACAUGGACAUGGCCGGCGAGUCGCCAUCGUCGCUGGCCAACGGCGACUCCGCCGCAUCCACCCCCACCGUGGCGGCGCCGCCCUCCUCGAGGAUGCUUCAGCUCGCUGAGUCGCUCAAGCUCGAGCACCAGUUCCUUCGCGCCCCCCUGGAGCAAUUCAAGAAGACGAUCCGCUCCCACCACCGCUACGCCGAGAAGGAGAUCUCCGCCGUGCUCUCCAGCGUCGCCGACGCUGCCGACCGCUCCGACGCUAUGUCCAGGGAGGACGCCGCUGACCACCUCAGAUCCCUCGUCUCCCGCCUCCAGGGCCUCAAGCGCAAGUUGGAAGAAGGGAGUCAGACGCAGAAGUUGCAGGCCCAGAGAUGCCGGGCUCGGCUGGACCACUUGGAUUCAAUUGAUGUUGAUAACGUGACGGAGUGGAAAAACACGAGGUUGAAGCGCAUCCUUGUUGACUACAUGCUGCGGAUGUCGUACUAUGAUACCGCCAAGACGCUUGCAGAGACAAGCAACAUUCAGGAUCUUGUUGAUAUUGAUAUCUUCCUUGAUGCAAAAAGGGUAAUUGAUUCUCUCCAAAAUAAGGAGGUAGGGCCUGCACUUGCCUGGUGUGCAGAGAACAAGUCCAGGUUGAAAAAAUCUAAGAGCAAGCUUGAGUUUCAAUUGAGGCUUCAGGAGUUCAUAGAGUUGGUAAGAGCUGACAACUACUUGCGGGCCAUACAAUAUGCUCGGAAGUAUCUUGCACCCUGGGGAAUGACUUAUAUGAAAGAAUUGCAGCGUGUCAUGGCAACCUUGGCCUUGAGGAGCAAAACCGAGUGUCCCACUUACAAGGUUUUCUUUGAGCCAAUGCAAUGGGUCUAUCUGGUGGAGCAGUUCAGGCAGGAAUUCUGUAGAUUGUUUGGGAUGACCCUUGAACCCUUGCUGAAUAUCUAUCUGCAAGCAGGAUUGUCAGCCCUGAAGACUCCAUUUUGUUUUGAAGAGGGUUGUACCAAAGAAGACCCACUAUCCCAUGAGAGCUUCCGCAAAUUAGCGGCACCAUUGCCAUUCUCAAAGCAGCACCAUUCUAAGCUUGUUUGCUACAUAACUAAAGAGCUGAUGGACACAGAGAACCCACCACUUGUUUUGCCUAAUGGCUAUGUAUAUAGCACUAAAGCUCUUGAAGAAAUGGCCACCAAAAAUGAUGGCAAAGUUACUUGUCCCAGAACUGGUGAAACUUUCAAUUUCUCUGAGCUUGUCAAGGCCUACAUUUCAUAACUCAGCUUGCCAUUGUACGGAGCAUCUGAAGCUGGCAUGUUCGGUGGCUCACAGGCACUGUAACUAAACACAAAUGUGAUUGUAUGCACUCCAUCCAAGUUGUGCAAUAUUGAGUUUCUGACUUGUCUCAUGUUUAAGAUGAGUCAAGCAGCUAGAUGACUACCUUAGUGCAUUUGGAUGUAUUCUUUGUUCGGAGAAAAACAAAAAUGAGUGAUUAAAAAAUGGGAAGAAAAAAGAAAAGCUGAAUGAUUUAUUUAUUUAUUUUAAAUAAUCUUUC